ACGCGAGUGGUGUCCGACCACUCGUAAGCUCUGCGCCUCUUCUCAUCCCUUCAAACAAACCUCCGAUCAUGCUACACUUGGCACACCUGCAACACGCCUUGUGUGGUAUCGUUUCAUUGUCGACUGGAAACUUCGUUUUUAUUAAAACAUCGGAGUGAGUCUUUUUAAAAUUUGUGGCAGUUCGGGGUCUGCGUUUGGUCUGUUGAGUACUCGGCAAGGAGGGAAUUGGAACUCCCAGGGUCGUCGUCGUCGAGUAGAUUUGUUUCGCAUGAACGCUGCGGGGUUGGAAAGGUGGUAUCGGAAGCGGAGGUCGCAUAUCGAGAGAGGAAUAUAUCAUUUUGAACUUUGGAGAACGUACUCUUGGAUCGUAAGACCUAAAGUGAGGCCUGCGAGGACAACAUUUAGAGUUUUUUUUUUUUUUUUUUUUUUCUUUUGCCUUGUAGCAAGUGGAAGAAGACUCUGCGGAGAUGGUUGGUACAUUAGUUCCACGAGAGAACAUGGCGACAAUGAAACAUACAGUGGCUUCUUCUAACUCAAUGUGCAAUAGAAGCAUUAGAGCAGCGGUUGCAAAUUCUAGGGUGAAAUUGCAAAUUAGAAAAAGAGUAUGUUACCAAAGGUCACAAGUUGGGGUACGAGACAACCUGCCAAAAUCACUAAGGAUAAGUGUUGGGAAGCCACGAUUUCGCAAACUUCAUAGCUUUGGAUCUCACGAUAUGGGUCAAUCAGCCGGAUCUAAAAGUGGCAUGCUGUUAAGUGGUAAUAUGAAUUAUUCUAAAUACUCUACUCGAGCAGAAUACAAAUCUGCUGAAUUUAGGCUUAAUGAGCCGAAAUCUUGGCUACCUGCUUCAUUCAAAAUUCCGAAACAAAUGCGAUUUUGGGAGGAAAAUGAGCACAGUAAGCGAGAAGAAGCUGCACAAAAACCAGUUGUUCCACAGAAAAAUGAAUAUACUGAUUUUGAAGAGGAACUUCUGUUUAAAGAACACACAGUAGAUGCUCAAACGUCAAGAGGAUAUCUCUCUCCAGCUGCCAUAAAUGUCAUCGAACAAUUUAGCAGAUUAAAUGGAGUGACUGGAAAGAAGAUGAGGGCAGACUUUGAAGCAACUGCGUCUACUUAUGUUCAGAAUGAUGCUCGGAAUCUUGUCGAGUUUUGCGUAUUUCGGUAUUUGGUUCGCUCGGACGCUGAUUUUCACCCUUCACUCUCAGAUGCAGCCUUCCGGCGUUUGACAUUCACAGCAAUGUUAGCAUGGCAGCGGCCCUACCAAGAGGAUCUUAGGUCCAUAAAUAAUGGUAGUAAACGAUCAAAACCUCCAAGAGGUUUAGUUGGAGAAGAAGCAUUUAUUAGGAUAGCUUCCUCGAUCUCUGGAGCUGCGGAUCGAGUGACAGCACACAGUCUGUAUAAGGUCCUCACUCAUGACAUGAAGGGGCUAUCAUUUGAAGUAUGGGACACAUAUAUCCAAGAGCUGUGCGGUGUACUCGACGAAAGGAAGAACUAUCAGCAGAUGGAGGCCUCAACCCUUGGCCUUGAACCGGAUGAAGAAGUCCUUAGUGUCGGACAAAAUAAACGACAACCAGUGCAGAAAUGGAAUGGCACUAUGGUGUGGCCUGGUCGACUUACGCUUACUAAUCGCGCUCUGUAUUUUGAAGCUAACAGCUUAACUUCGCACCAAGCUCCCGUCAGAUUGGACUUGACACGCGGGGAUGCUGUUAUUGAUAACAGAAGAGUUGGACCCCUUGGAGCGGAAUUGUUUGACUCCGCUAUCUCUAUAGCAUCCAGCCCAGAUUCGGAGCCAUGGAUACUAGAGUUUGUGAAUUUUGGAGGCGAGAAACGGCGUGACAUCUGGUUAGCCAUCAUCAAAGAAAUUGUCUUAGCACAUUGGUUCAUUCGGGAGUAUGGCCCAAGAGAUAAUGACCCUUCUUUGAACUACAUGGAUGGGUCGGUACUGGGGAGUAAGAGGGCGCUUGCAUCUGCUUCGAAUGGCAUUGCCAGACUACAGGCUGUUCAGCACGCUCUUGGUCACUCGCCAGAUGAUUCAAGAAGCCUACUCCAGUUUUGUUCCACGAAGGAUGCUCCAAGUGCGGAGCUGGUAUUCGAGGCCCUUGCAGUCACGAAUUGGGCUGGCCGCGUAGACUCAAAGGCCAAGGAGUUGUCUGCAUCAAAUGGGGCAGAGGAGGAGCAAGUAGGAACUGGGCAGAACGUUGUGAGCGAGGAUGGUAGCAUUUAUCUUUCCAAAUGGAUGACAUCGCAAACGUGGGACUCAAUCAAGUCCCAGAACUUCUGGAAAGCUCAUAAAGGGGGAUCAAAAGGCUUAGUGCUCGGGAAGAAUUUCUCAGUGGGGGGAUUGACGAAUUUAGACCGGGCAGUUGGAGAAUGGCGUGAACAGAGCCGUGUCGUUGAUAAAACGAAGGCAACCAUUGAUGGAGCUAAAUUGAAGGGUAUUCCAAACAAUGUGGAUCUGCUUAAGGAGCUUUUGCUACCAUUCUCAAUAAUUGCUACGAACGUUCAAAAAUUGAAACGGUGGGAAGAGCCUGGAGCAACUGCAGGGUUUUUAAUUGCAGCUCUGGGUGUGGUGUACAUGAACUGGCUCCGCUACGUAUUUCCCACGAUUCUUCUUACUUGCGCGGGAAUACUUUGCGUUUUGCGAGGCCUGAAAGCGCAAGGACGUCUUACGGAUGACUUCGGAAAACUGACCAUUCGGGAUCAACCAGAAACAAACACAAUUCAAAAAAUCAUGGCGCUUAAGGAUGCAUUGACCUCACUUGAAGACUUCCUUCAAAAUACAAAUAUUGCUCUGCUGAAACUGCGGAGCGUUGCACUCUCUCGCGACUUGCAUUCUACAAACGAGGUACUCUGGUCUCUUCUUGGAGCGGGCAUCGUUACUUGGUUUGUUCCUUUCCGAUAUCUUUUGGCCGGAGUUCUCAUUGAUCAAUUCACUGCUGAGUUGCCCUUCCGAAGAAAAAGCGUGGAGGAAUUUUUCAAUCGUGUCAACGAUUGGUGGUCCAUGAUUCCUGCGACGCCCGUGGAAGUGCUGCCCCCGGAGAAAACUUCCAACACCACAGACGCCCAUCUGCCAGAGGAGUCCAGCGAUGGACCGAAUCAAGGAGAAGCUGUAAUGCAGGCACUCUCUGAAUGGUUGGGUGACGAAGAAUAGACUUGCAGGCCAUUUUUGCUUCUCAAAGUAUACCUCGUGGUAGAUUUUCAAAACGUGGAUGGUUUGCCUGCUGCCUAUGGGAUUGUUGAAGGAGACUCUAACAUGUCAGCUCAGUGAGACUGUCAGCAAUGAACCGGUAAAAGUCUAAUUCUCCAUGACACCGCUGCAACAUACUUCUCGUCUUUAGUCUCAGACUGGUUUAUACUAUAGUUUGAUAGUAUUUACCUAUCGCUUAGAUGUGGAGCUCAGCUCCAGACCUGUACCAUAAUCCUUCAGCAUCUUUUACUUGGUGCAAUAUUUUUUAACCCCUAAUGACACGAUCAAUAAUUCUUUCAAGUUCGAAGCGAAAAAU